AUGGCGCGGGCGGCAGACAUUGACCGGCUGGUGGAUCACUACUUGGGCCUCCCCGCGGCGCCCACGCAGCGCCCCAUGCCCCCUGCCGACAGGAGUGGCGCUGGCCCGCAGCCGCAGCGCACAAGCGGCGCCACGGGGCCGCGCUUUGCCAGCGAAGAGGCGCUCGCCUGCGACGCUCGUGACGGGUACGACGAGGAGGAGGAGGUAGAUAUCGAGGCGCUGGUGGAGAGCGUCCUGCGCGGGGAGCCGGACUCCGCGGACGCCGCCGCGCUUUCGCCGCCGCCGCAGUGGGAGAAGGGGAACGAAGAGGAAGAGCAAUCCCCGCCCGUUAGACUUUUCAGGGAGGGGCGUAGUAGUCCUCAGCCGACGCGUUCCACGUCGCUGCGCCGCGGCGGCGUUGAGCGACAGGAGCAUUUGCUUCGCCGCCUGGCGCUGUGGCAGGAGCGACGAGACGCCAAGCACCUGCAGGCUGUCUACGAGGCGCUGCUGCGGGAGCAGGCGGCGUGCCCGUUCGAGCCGCGGGAGUCGCUGGGGCGUGGGGGCAGCAUCGACUGCGAUUUAUCGUGCCGCGUCGCGGAGGUGAGCGGGGCGGACGCUUUUCUGCAGCGGAUGCGCGAGGCGCGGGAGGCGCGGGAGCGGCGCCGGCGCGCGGAGGAUGAGGAGGCCCGCCGCUACAGCGACGCCUCCACGUGGAGGCCGCAGCUGACGGUGCCACGGCCCUUUACGCUGGGAAGGACGCCGCGCAGCGUGGCCGCCGCCGCGGCGAGGCGGGACACCUUCAGGAGGUACGCCGCGGGCAUCCGCACGCAGCUGCAUAACGAGCCGUCGCGGAUUGAGGGCCCUUCGGUCCCCAGCGGGUUGUUUUCUGUUCGCUCCAGCGGGCUGCUGCUGUCGCACUUGCCGCCGCGUGCGGGUUUGCCGUAG